AGAGCGUAACCCUGUACGCCUAAGCGAGCAUCCUAGCAACGAAUCAUCGACGGGCGCCCUUAACAUCCCCUUGCCCUGUGACAUCAACGGCCACCUUUCUCCUUACCACCAAGAUAUUCUUCCCGCACACGUGCAGCUGCCCACGGCUGUACCAAUCAAUCAUGGCCUCUGAUAAUCCCAAGGUCAACGGGACCCGACCGGGCAAUGUUCGACAUCCCACCGCUCCGGGCAUGAUGAUGAACGCUCAUUUUGCGAACGUUGGCGAGGACGCCAGCAAGGAGGCGUACGAACACGGCGUCCAGGUUGUUGACGAGGACAAGGCCUUCAACCCAAAUGUCUCUAAAUACCUCAACAUCGAGCAUGUUAUCCCAGCAGGCUUCAACUACCACCUUAUCGCUGUAUUCGGUUCGCAGUCCACGGGCAAGUCGACCCUCCUCAACUACCUCUUCGGCACACAGUUUGGUGUCAUGUCAGAGCAAGAGCGCCGCCAGACCACGAAGGGAAUAUGGAUGAGCAAGAACAAGCGUGAAGCGGGUGGCUCGGCCAUGGCAGAGAACAUUCUGGUCAUGGACGUGGAGGGUACUGACGGACGGGAGCGAGGAGAGGACCAGGACUUUGAGCGCAAGAGUGCCCUCUUUGCGCUUGCGACAAGUGAGGUCCUGAUAGUCAACAUUUGGGAGCACCAGGUCGGACUGUACCAGGGUGCGAACAUGGGUCUGCUGAAGACGGUGUUUGAGGUCAACUUGCAGUUGUUCGUCAAGGACAGCAGGACCAUUCCCAAAUCCCUCCUAUUCUUCGUCAUCCGUGACCACCUCGGCACAACACCCCUCAAGAACCUACAGAAUACUCUCAUCCAGGACCUCUCGAAACUGUGGUCGGCGAUAUCAAAACCUGCUGGCCUCGAAAACUCGCGCAUCGAGGACUACUUUGAUUUCACAUUCGUCGCUCUGCCCCAUAAGAUUUUACAACCGGAGAAGUUCGAGGAAGCAGUCAACAAGCUGAGCCUCCGCUUCAGGGAAGGAUACAAUGACCCCAAGAAGAGUGGUCUCCUCGAGGAGGCGGAGCUGCCCGUAUUCCUUCCCCAAUACCACCGCCGAAUCCCCGCAGACGGGUUCCCCGCAUACGCCGAAGGCAUCUGGGAUCAGAUUGUACACAACAAGGACCUCGACCUGCCCACACAACAAGAGCUUCUUGCACAAUUCAGGUGUGAUGAGAUAGCAAGAGAAGUUCUGGUGGCGUUUGACGAGAAGAUCACGCCACUCGAGGACAAGCAGGCGGAGGAUGCGAGGAUAGGACAGCCUUCAAUCAUCCCAGAUCUUGGUCCUAUCAUGAAUGCAGCACGAGCGCUUGUUUUCAAGGACUUCGACACGAACGCGAGCCGCUACCACAAGGGCGUUUAUAAGAGAAAGCUAUCAGAGUUAGAGGGCAAGGUCGACACAAGGUUGAAGGCUCUCAGCCAGAAACAGAUCAGCGCCGCACACAAGUCAGGUAUCGACGACUUCAGCAAUGCUGUCAGCACAGCAGUGAAGCUUGGCCAGAAGAAGGGAGGUUCAUACGACUUCGCUCAGAUCGUCGACUCGGAGAAGAAGAAGGCUCUGGCCAAAUUCGAGGAGGAUGCCAACUCAAUCGCCAUUCAAGGCGCAUCCUGGAGCGACGCCACACAUCAGCUUGCGCUGUACCGGAAAGAGUUGGAUGAGGUGUCAGGUCGUCUGCGCAAGGAGGAGAUGAGGCGGUUGGCCACACGGAUAGAGCGCUGGGUACGAACUCGCCUGGACGAGUCAAUUGGCCUCGAAUUCAACAAGCUCGGAUCUGGGCGAGGUGGUUCCGGCGCGCCUGAACACGGAGAGAAGCCAGCGACCGAGAAGGACUUGUGGGAUCGCGUAUGGGCGAUCUUCACAGAUACAGUAUCGAGCGCAGAGAAGCGCUUCACCGACCGCGCACAAAGCUUCGACGCUAGUCCUGAUGAAGUUGAAGUUGGCUUGUGGAGGUUGCGCCGCAAGUCGUGGGGUGUUCUCCGUGCCAAGCUCGACGAAGAGGUCAUGGAGGGGAACAUCUUGCUUAAGCUGAGAGAAAACUUCGAGGACAAGUUCCGUUACGACGAGCAUGGUGUCCCAAGAAUAUGGCGGCCCACCGAUGACAUCGAGGGCGUCUACACAAGGGCCCGCGAAUCGACUAUCACCCUCAUCCCGCUUCUCGCUCGCUUCAAACUCGCGAAGACAUCGUCACCGCCGCCACUCGAUGCAUGGAUCGGCGACGCGCCUGCAUCUGUCUCACCCGCCGACGAAGACGAUUUGGCACCAAUUGGCGGUCUUGAUGAUGAUGAGGGUAAGACUCUGGAAGAGGAGAUGGUCGUACUAUCGGACAGCAAGCAAGCUGAUCUGCUUGUGCGCUUCAAGAAGACGGCAGACGGUGUUUACGUAGAAGCAAAACGCAGUGCUAUCGGUGGUAUGACGCAAGUGCCACUGUACUUCUACGGACUGCUGCUUGCACUGGGUUGGAACGAAAUAGUAGCCGUUCUGCGCAACCCUGUAUACUUCAUCUUCCUCAUCCUCGCCGCGGUCGGCGCAUAUGUCACAUACACCCUCAAUCUCUGGGGCCCUAUGGCUCGCAUGACCAACGCCGCAACAGCGCAGGCUCUCGACAUUGGCAAAGAACGUCUUCGCGAGUUCCUCGAGACUAGCGAGUCGGGUAGGAGGGCUAUGGCGCAGAGUGGCCUGGACAACAGCACGCGCUCGCGAGACGAGGGCGUGAGGAUGGACAGGCUGAAUGCGAACGGGAAGAAGCAUGAUGAUGAGGACUCUGAUGAUAUUUGAUGUGCUGAUGAUAGACGUCUAUGGGUUCUGCUUGUUUGGGUAUGUGUAUGCUAUUGAUGAUGCGGGAAGGGUGGUAUUCUUAGAUUCCUAGAGGGGGCCUGAGGCCUUGGUAAUGAAACAAGUUCAACAAAAGAA